AAACAAUAAAGAUAAUUUAAAAAAUUUACUCUUAACUUUAUCUUAACCGACUAAACACAACAUGGCAGCCUUGACCUAGUUCUUCGCUGUGCACGAGCAUGAGACUAUACCUGCCUCUUCUCGGGGACACCCAGGCAGCAAGGACGACAUAUUACUCGAAGGAAUAGUGGUGAAGAUGAUUUCAUAAAUUAAAUUUAAUUAUAAAAGGGUAAUUUGAGCAUUACAAAAAUUUUAAACACUCAAAUGAGAAUAUUUUUCGAAAUUAAUUGACAGAACGUUAAGAAGGAGAUCUUUCUUUAACGGCCAAAAGUUCAGAGGGAUCCAUUUCUUAACGUCGAAUUAGGAUCUAUUUCUAGUGGAGUGAUGGAGUCUUGGGGCAGGAGAGGAGUGCAAAUAACAAGUGUGAUGACCUCACGUGAGAGCACCCUCAACGCAUAGGCAAAAUCCAAAAUAUUUCCUAACUCGCAUUUCGCAUACUCUAUUAGGCGAUGUAACCAAGAGAGCCUCGUCCUCUCCGCCAUUCCCUUCUCUUCACUCCUCUUUUAACACUUCUCAGUUCUCCCCGGCCAAAGCUACCUCAGAUACAAAGACUUAUACAGAGAGGGAGCGAGAGACAGAGAAACACAGGACUCACCUCAGUAGCUUCCUCAAUGGCUUCUUCUAUCGUUUUUAGGGUUUCUCCAACCUACAACACCAUCUCAUUCUCAUCUUCUAUUUCCAAUGGCCUUCCAUUGCCUUCCCGCCUUUCCAGAUUCCACAUUAGGCCGCGCCGGAAGAUCCCUACCGUCCACGCCAAGAUCAGAGAGAUCUUCAUGCCUGCCCUCAGCUCCACCAUGACGGAAGGCAAGAUCGUAUCUUGGGUCAAAUCCGAAGGUGACGUUCUCUCCAAAGGUGACAGCGUUGUCGUCGUUGAGUCUGACAAGGCCGAUAUGGAUGUCGAGACAUUCUACGAUGGAAUUCUUGCUGCAAUUGUAGUCGGAGAAGGCGAGACUGCUCCUGUUGGUGCCCCGAUUGGAUUGCUCGCUGAAACGGAAGAAGAAGUCGCAGAAGCUAAAGCUAAGGCUGCUUCUUCUAAGACUGGCCCUUCGAGCCCACCGCCUGCAGCACCUUCACCUCCUCCACCUUCUCCUGCACCUUCUGCUUCCUCUCCUUCGCCUCCUCCUCAAUCGCCGUCGCCUCCCCCUGUCUAUGAUGGGCCGAGGAAGAUUGUCGCUACUCCAUAUGCAAAGAAGCUCGCCAAGCAGCAUAAGAUCGAUAUUGGAUUGAUCGUUGGGACCGGACCGUUUGGUCGGAUAACGCCAUCUGAUGUCGAGUCUGCUGCGGGAAUUGGACCUUCCAAGAGUAGCAUUAGCAAUGUAGGUUCUGCAAAUGCUUCUCCUUCUCCUGCUCCUCCAGUUGCUGCUACUGCUACCGCUGCUUCUGCUUCUCCUGCAAUGCCUCCUCCAAUUCCUGGCUCUACUGUUGUCCCCUUCACAACCAUGCAAGCAGCUGUCUCAAAGAACAUGGUGGAAAGCCUCUCGGUACCUACUUUCCGCGUUGGAUAUUCUGUGACAACUGACGCCCUUGAUGCUUUAUACGAGAAGGUGAAACCGAAGGGAGUAACCAUGACCGCAUUGUUAGCAAAAGCCGCAGCUAUGGCGCUUGUGCAACAUCCAGUUGUGAAUGCGACCUGUAAAGACGGGAAAAGUUUUACAUAUAACAGCAAUAUAAAUAUAGCAGUGGCGGUGGCUAUUAAUGGUGGACUGAUAACUCCUGUUCUUCAGGAUGCAGAUAAGUUGGAUCUUUAUCUGCUUUCUCAAAAAUGGAAAGAGCUCGUACAGAAAGCUCGAGCUAAGCAACUUCAACCCCAUGAGUACAAUUCAGGCACGUUCACUCUUUCCAAUUUGGGCAUGUUUGGAGUUGACAGAUUUGAUGCAAUUCUUCCCCCAGGCCAAGGGGCUAUUAUGGCGGUUGGAGCAUCAAAGCCCACAGUUGUGGCAGAUGCAGAUAGAUUCUUCAGUGUGAAUAGCAAAAUGCUGGUGAAUGUUACAGCUGAUCACCGAAUAAUCUAUGGUGCUGACUUGGCAGCUUUCCUUCAGACAUUUGCAAAGAUUGUUGAGAAUCCAGAGAGCCUAACAUUGUAGACGACAAUUUUGGUUUAUGUUGACUAAGAUGCAGUUAUCUUGGACCUGCCGGUUUUGUAUUGGAUGAAAAGCCAUGAUGGAGUUCUGUGGCACACAAAUGGUCCAUGGCUGAGGAGUUGGUUUGUAGCUGUCAUGGUAGAAGUCUUGCAGAUGUUUGAUGUUUUAUUGUAUGUUAUACUUGUUCAGAGUUUCAGACUUGUUAAGAAAAGUUGCUAGUACGCUAUCCAUGAAAAAAAGUUGCUAGUACGCUGUAUUCUUCUCACAUGUCGAUCAUGCUUUCAAUAAGGGUUGGGAUAACAACUUGAAAAUCCUCCCAUGAAAAUCCGUUCUAGUUUUUUUUUUUUUGAUGAAUAAACAAUCCAUUCUAGUUUUCAUGACAA